AUGCAGGUCAAUAUGCCGCCUCCCUCCAGUGAAUCCCUCACCUCCAACAUGGGGAUCUUCAUCCCCCCGUCCGUGUCCCAUCUGGGCACGCCCUACAAUACCGACCAAAAGAACCCCUCCAUCCAGUCCGUUGCGACCAUGGCUUCUGCCACCAGCGGCGGGCUGACAGCGGCCUCCUCGUCGUCGCUGUCCUCGGCUACAGACUACACAACCCAUCCGUUCGCCAAGAUCAACGAUCGCACAUACCUGCGGGAUCCCGACAACCCGUAUCCGCUGCCCUGCGACCUCCCCGAAAUCCACCGGCAGACGCUACGCACCAUGACACUCAUCCGUGUCUUCGGGGCGCCUUUCUGUGCGCCUCAGCUCGAGAAGAACCCGCCCAGGCGGGUUCUGGAACUGGCAUGCGGGUCGGGGCUGUGGUCGAGCAUAUGUCAUGAAUAUUUCGCGCGCGACGGCCACACGGACAUCUCGUUCACGGGCGUCGAUAUCACCCCUCUGGCCCCCGAUCUGCGCAAGAGGGGCGUGAAUUGGCAGUUCAAACGGCAUGACCUCCGCAAACCCACCCUCCCUUUUCCUUCCGAGCACUUUGAUUUCGUUUUCAUCAAGGACGCGGGACUCUGUCAAUCCGCGACCGCCCAGCAGGCCGAGCUGCUCAGCGAACCGUUGCGCGUGCUCAAACGCGGGGGGAUCCUCGAAGUGUGGGAUUCCGACCAUGUCUUCAGAUCUCUUCUUCCCAACCCUACUCCCGCCCCAGGGCUAGCAGAGAAAGACCAGGGGCAGGCCAAUGCCACGGCGACCUACACAAUCUCGCCGGCGACACCAUUUACCAAGGCGCAGAACAAGUACCUGCAGGAUUACAACACGUGGGUGGAGCGCGCCUUUGAGCGUCGCAAACUCAGCCCGAUGCCCUGCGCCACCAUCAGCAUGUCCUUCACCACGGAAGCAGACAGCUUCCAGAGCGUCGGCAGCCGACGAAUCGCCAUUCCUCUCGGGGAGAUAAGAUGGGAACGGGAAGGUCAGAACCAGAACGCGCGCAAGCCCUUGACGGCCGAGCAGCUCUCCAUACGCCGCACCGCAUUGCUCACCGUCAUCCAGAUGAUCGAAGCCAUGGAGCCGAUCCUGAUGGAGGCAAGCGGCAAAAGCCGCGACGAGUGGGACCGGUGGUGGGCGGGCAUGACGGCCGAUUUCCUGCAGAAAAACGGCCUCGCCAGUGGGGAAUGUCUCGAAAUAGGCGCCUGGUGGGGGCAGAAAAAGAAGUGA